AUGCUUCAACAUAAUAUGUCCCUUAGGCAUCGUGCCGCAAAUACUCCACGACCAAAGCGCUUAUCAUUUUCGUUCGAACCUACUAUCAAACUCGAACUUGGCAUUUGUGGUUGGAUACUUAUAAUUGUGGCAUAUAUUGUCGUCUUUUUAACGCUACCAUUUUCAGCUUGCGCUUGUAUUAAGGUUGUACAAGAAUAUGAACGAGCAGUGAUAUUUCGUUUGGGAAGAUUAAUGACUGGUAAAGCUCGAGGACCUGGCUUAUUUUUUAUUUUGCCAUGCAUUGAUUCCUACAGGAAAGUGGAUUUACGUGUUGUAUCAUUUGAUGUACCACCACAGGAGAUUUUGUCACGCGAUUCGGUGACAGUAGCUGUAGAUGCAGUCAUAUAUUUCCGUAUUUCGAAUGCCACUGUAUCCGUAACAAAUGUUGAGGAUGCUGGUCGUUCCACUAAAUUAUUAGCACAAACAACACUUAGGAAUAUACUUGGUACAAAAACUUUAGCUGAAAUGCUCAGCGAUCGAGAAGCUAUUUCUAUGCAAAUGCAAAAUACUUUGGAUGAGGCAACCGGUCCAUGGGGUGUUCGAGUGGAACGGGUUGAAGUGAAAGAUGUUCGUCUACCUGUGCAAUUACAACGUGUUAUGGCCGCUGAAGCUGAAGCUGCACGUGAAGCACGUGCUAAGGUGAUAGCAGCGGAAGGUGAGAAGAAAGCUUCAGAAUCUCUUAAUGAAGCUGCAAAUAUGAUUGCUGAAUCACCAUGUGCAAUUCAAUUACGUUAUCUUCAAACUCUCAAUUCUAUCAGUGCCGAGAAAAAUUCAACAGUAAUAUUCCCAUUUCCAAUAGAACUUCUUCAAUUAUUUAUACCACAUCAUUCAUAA